GAAACUGCGUAACAGUUGUCUGUGUUGAAAAUGAUUCCAGAUAUAAAUAGAGAUGAAAGAUUCCUAGCUAUAUCGAGCCUGGCGAGCUAACUGCGCCACGGUGUCUAGAAGCAGACAGCAUGCUGAGAUAAAGCGAGACUAGAGUAUGAGCUCACACCGCAAAGACCGAGCAGCGGCUCCAACGCCCUGCUUCUCUUUGUGUGUGAGACGGAGCAAUCCUAAUGAUUUCUACAGAAGCGAUAGAUAAAUCAUCGAAUAAUAAGCUAGCCAUCGCUAGUCAUAAGCAAUCUGUACAUAAAGAUUGCCAUAGGCAGAGCCAGGAAGUGACUGCAUUCAAUUGGGGCUUUUUAUAAACUGCAUUCUUUUCAGAGGAGAGCUCACUGGAACAAUCAACGCAAUCUGCACAUAAAGAUUGCCAAGUGGCGCCUGUGGAUUUAGCCGAACGGGAAAAAAAGACUGAAAUGCAACAUUUUGUUCAUAAUAAUGUCGAUAGGUGUUGUUAGUUUGCGGAACUUGAUACCCGUUGAGCUAGUUUGGUUAAAUAAACAUCCCUAGGCAAUUAUAACUUAUACAAAUGCAUAGCAGUCUGAAUAUAAAGAUUGCAUUUUUUUGUUUUGUGUGCUUGACGAGUGCGUAACGUUAGGUUAGGAUAUCUGUCUUGUCGAUUUUGCUUUAUAAUGGCGGACGGGUUGUGCUUUGCUCGGAUCACUCGAGGCAAUGGUGGCUUUGUUUUUCUGACUGGAUCUACGGGAAAUGCUGUAGCUCGGAACGACUGUCUCGUGUCGCCAUCAUCCCCAUAUACGGCUCGAGGUAUCGUCUUAUAUCCGUGGGUCGCUAGCGGGGUAAAUAUAGUAGCAUUUUGUAAACGAGCGAGACUAAUGCCAGGCGGGGGAGAACAUUGCCGUUGUGUUUUUUUAAAGCUUGUUGGAAUUCAAAGAUGGCGACCGGGCAACUGUUCACGAAGAUAAGCGGUUAAAGAUAGAGGGCGUGGUGUACCGCAGACUUCAGCCAAUCAGAGGAGGCGCUGUCAGCUGCUAUAUGAGAGAGGGAGACUUCUACAGAUGAAUCAAAUCCCCCUGUGGCCACGAGCAGAUGCAUGAAUUCAUAAAUACUGGCCUUUAGUCAGAACAACACUGGAUGCUUUGUGUUGACGAGUUCCAACACAAAACCAUCAUGCUAUUUGCUUAAAGAUGCCAGCUGUCUAUGUUACUCUCGAUUAAAAAGUUAAAGAGUUGUGUGUAUUGUUCCGUGUAAAAGGAGUUCGCUUGUGACUAUAAAAAGUUCUUCAACAACAGUGUUGCGGUAAGCAGCUAUGGCCGUGGGCCCGGUGGACCCCAGAGAGGUGCUGAAAGGAGUGGAAGCUAUGCUGGGGAAAGAUGGAGAGCUACGAAGCCUUGAGGGAGUUGCUAAAGUCUUCAGUCUCAUGAAGGCCUCGCAUAAAAUGGUCAGCAGAUGCAUGUAUCUGAACAUCUUACUGCAGACAAAGUCACAUGAUGUACUCAAUCGGUUUAUUCGAGUCGGAGGCUACAAGUUGCUGAACUCUUGGCUCACCUACUCAAAGACCACCACCAACACCCCCCUGCUGCAGCUCAUACUGCUCACCCUGCAGAAACUCCCCCUGACUGUGGACCACCUCAAACAGAACAACACAGCCAAGCUUGUGAAACAUCUGAGCAAGAGCGGCGAGACAGAAGAGCUGAGGAAGCUGGCGUCUGUGCUGGUGGAAGGCUGGAUGGCUAUUAUCCGCUCUCAGAGCGUCUCCAGUGGAGUGUCACCCAAUGACAAGAAACGGAAAAAGGAGGAUGGAAAAGUGCGUCCAGAGGUGAAGCCCCGAGAAAAAGUAGCGGAGGAGGAGAAGAAAGAAAAACCAAAAGCUUAUGCCCCAAGUCAUGCAAAGAUCCGCUCUACAGGUUUGGAGGUAGAGAGUCCAGCUCCAGUUCCUGUAAAGAAACCCCCUCCUGCACCACAACUUGGAGACAAAUACAACAUCAAGCCUGCUCUUCUCAAAAGACCAAGCACAUCGCUGACUGACACACCACCAGUGGAGAAGAAGUACAAGCCCCUUAACACCACUCCCAACUCUACCAAAGAGAUCAAAGUCAAAAUUAUACCUGCACAGCCGAUGGAAGCCACUGGAUUUUUGGAUGCCCUCAACUCCGCUCCAGUGCCUGGCAUCAAGAUCAAGAAAAAGAAACCAAAAGCAGUUUCCCCUACCACUAACAAGCCCUGUCCGUUUGACAGCAGGCCGCAGUCAUACUCAGGCACACAGGCCAAACCCUCUUCCCCUGAGACGCCCUCGUCUCAGACACCCCCUCAUGAGAACCCAGACCUGGAGCAGCCCGGCACACCCGUGCCCACCGAGGACCCUGACGCAAUGGAAACCGGUGAAAAACCCAAUGCUCUGGCUGAACCUCGCGGUGAGGAGGAGGCUCUGACUAAGAAAGGAAAGAAAAAGAAAAGUGUUCGGUGGGCGGAAGAGGAUCAUCUCAAAGAGUACUUCUACUUUGAUCUGGAUGAGACUGAGAGAGUGAACGUUAAUAAAAUUAAGGACUUCGGUGAGGCGGCCAAACGGGAGCUGAUGAUGGACAGGCAGACGUUUGAAAUGGCUCGUCGUCAUUCUCACGAUGCCAUGGAGGAGAGGGUGCCUUGGACUCCUCCUCGACCUUUGACCCUCAUAGGCAGUCUGGUCAUUCCUGCUUCCAGCAGCAGAGAGAAGAUGAUCCAGAGAGACCGAGAGAUGGGCAUUCUGCAGGAGAUCUUCCUCAGCAAAGAGAGUGUUCCAGACAGUCCUCAUGAGCCCGACCCUGAGCCGUAUGAGCCCAUGCCUCCUCGUCUCAUCCCACUGGAUGAAGACAGCAGUAUGGAGGAGAGUUACAUGGAGCCCGCUGACAUCCUGGCCUCCGGCGGCUCUAAUGAAAGCUCCAAGCUGCCUCCUGUUCUAGCUAACCUCAUGGGAAGUCUGGGCAACAGCGGCCGCAGCCCUCAGGCGCAAGGCAACGCCCCAGCAGCCAGUAAUAACCCCGCUGUCAAUGUGCAGGAACUGCUCUCAUCUAUCAUGGGUGCUCAGGGAUCUAACCAGUCUCCAGAGGACCUGAUCAAACAGCCGGAUUUCUCUGAUAAGAUCAAGCAGCUUUUGGGCUCUCUGCAGCAAAACCAGAACCAGAAUCCGAAUCAGAACCAACCUCCCCAUGCUCCGCCAAUGAACACGGGUCUGCUUGGCCAUGGCCCCGGCAUGAACAACAUGAACAACAUGCCGAUGCCCAUGAACGGUGGUUUCCCUCCAAACAAGCCCCCUGGACCACAUUUCAACCAUCCUCCUCCUCCUCCCCACGGCCACGGCCCACCCUUCAACCCCGGCGGCCCCCGCAUGAUGGGUCCUCCGCCCGGACCACCGGGCCGCGGGGCGGACAACGGCAACUACUGGGGCGACGACUCCAUGAGAGGAGGCCCACACCGGGGAGGACACUUCCACCGGGGCAGAGGGAGAGGAGGAGACCCGGGCUUCAGAGGACGAGGGGGACGCGGAGGACCACGUGGGGGACACAACAACAUGGGCGACAUGUCAAAAAGGCCGGUUUGUCGUCACUUCAUGAUGAAGGGAAACUGUCGGUAUGAAAACAACUGUGCGUUUUACCACCCCGGUGUAAACGGCCCACCUCUUCCUCCCCAGCAUGGACACUAACACACUGACAACUGCUGUUCCUUGAACUCACCACUAGUGGGCAACAGGACUCAAAAUGAGCCUCGUAACUGAACCGCUCCAUCCCUCCUGCUUCCUCUGACUGUACAAUUGCUUCAUUGGAUCUGAACAGUAAUAGAACUUUCCCUCAUCUGGAAAGCUGUGAGAAGAUCCGAGAUCCUCUGUGAAGAGACUACCUGUAUAUAGUGAUUCCUCUAUUUUUAUUGUGAAUCUGUGUACCACUGACCUGACUGCUAAAGAUUGUACUACAUAACUCUAGAACCACUAGGACGUGAUGUAAAUGAUUGUCUUCAGCCAGUGGCCGACAGUUCCUUAAGCUUCUCCUGCUGGCAAGAACCCAAGAUACUGGAUGUGCAGUUCUCUAAAUAAUAAUUCACACGUCAGUCAUUCUUUGAUCAAUGAAAUCGAUACUUUUUGAUAGUUUAUUUUCAGGUUUCUUUCGAAGAGGGAGAAACCGUACUUCUAUGAAAUGUGUAGAUGCCUCCCACACGGUCCUUGUAUUAUUAUAAUUUUUUUUUUCAUUCAAUCUACGAUUUUUAGUUUCUAAAAGAUACUCCGCAGCACUGAAAUGUAUUUAUUAAUUGGCAUUAUGUUCCCCCGAAAUUGGAAAUAGUAUGUACUCGAGGGGUCAGUUUGUCAGCAUUUUUGAAGUCCCACUGAAUACUUGAAUCGAUACUUUGUGAUGGAAAGUGAUCCUAGCCUGCUAAAGAAACAUCCGCUGUUGUUCUGUGUAGCGUGACAAUCAGGAGAAUCAGUGAUGUUGAUGCUGUGGCUUGAUUUGCUGUGUGUUCAUGUUCUCGGAUGUUCCCGUGCGGGUCUGUCCUGCUCUAUCAGUGUUCAGCUGAGCCUAACCCGGGCUGCAAACCACUAUCAUCAAGGCCAAACGUAUUCAGGUGUUUUCUGUGAAAACAGUGGCCAUUGUCUCUUGUGGGACUUGAUUUUCUUUUUCUUUUUUGGUUACGAUUCGCUAUGUUCCCAUGAUUUUAUUUUGAUACAAGUCUGAUGAUUUUGCUUUUUCUAUUGUUGUCGGAGAGAUGUCUAUGUGUCAGAGCGCCACAUAAACACAAUAAAAGGCACAUUCAGAAAUGUAAGGUGUUUUUCUACUUGUGAAUUAAUAAAGCUUACAUGCCGUUUUCUCUCAA